AAAUCAUCGCAAGAAGCUAUAAAAAAAUUUUCAUCAAUAUUUUCUCAAGACCCAAUAAUUAAAUUUGAUGUAACUGAAAUCUGUUGGAUUGUUCAUAAAGAAUUUCAUGAUCCUUUUGAGGUUAAAGCUAGAGUUGAACUUGGUGUUGAUGGUGAAAUUGUCGUAAACGAAUAA